AGGGUACUGUUUCCUGGUUAUCGAGGCACGUGAAGGUCAACACCAGCGCUGGAAUAGCGUACUCACUAGUCAUCAUAACCUUUAUAACUGUUUUCGAUUAGUCUUUGCUAUUAUUUUCUCCCAUGGAUAAUCAAGGAGUCACAGCAGACCCUCAACUGCAGCAGUUUAUCGAGAUCGAGUCUCAGAAACAGAGAUUUCAACAGCUGGUCCAUCAAAUGACAGAAGUGUGCUGGGAGAAGUGCAUGGAUAAGCCUGGUCCGAAGCUUGACUCCAGGACAGAGGUGUGUUUUGUAAACUGCGUGGAACGAUUCAUCGAUACAAGUCAAUUUAUCCUUAACAGACUAGAGCAGACGCAGAGGAGUAAAACAUCAUUCACUGAGACUAUGACAGAAUAGUGGAGCCUCAGCCACUGCCUGGAUGACAACACCUAACCAAGGCUGUGGCAUGGGAACAUAAGAACUGUAUCAAGAAAAGAUCAAGAUUUAGUCUCAAGGACAAAGUGCCUCAUUUUGCCUCCUGUAUUUUGAAGGCCAUAUAUUCUAAAAACUAAAAGGAUGCAUGUACAGUCCCACAGCAAGACCUUUGUAUUGCCACCAGACAUUUGACUUGAUGAAAUAUAUGAAAUAUAACACACAUCCAGGAACAUAACCUUUCAGUGUUCUGUUUUUAUGGAUCUAAGUAAUUGAAAUCUAAAAAAGGCUUUCCUUUCACUUCCUUUUUUAACUACCAGACCGGAACUCAAGUCUGGAAUGCAUUGUCUUACAGGGAAUGCUUCAAUGGCUCAUAUAAUGUCUGUUAAAAUUGCUGGACUUAAAAUAAAGUCAGAUAGCACUUUUA